UUAAUAAACUUUCUUGCAGCUAUUACGUAAUGCCAAAUUAACAUGUUUCACGUGCAGUUUGUGAAAACACAAGGAUUUAAACGCUACGAUGUUACUUCAGCUGCUUGUUGCAUUACUGACGGUAUGUUUCGGUGAAAGCUACACCAUCAGAAGCUCGGUCUCGUGGGCUGUCACGAAUGAUGUGGUAGAUGAAGAGCUGGACACACACUCGGAUGAAACGCCAGCUGUGCUCGCAGAUAAUAUCGCGAUCUGGAAACAAACCUAUCAGUCAUCUGUGUACCGGGACGUUGCCGAAAAAAAGACCGAACAGAGAUCGAAGGGCGAGCACUUAUCACCCGCAUCCCGUGUGUUUUCAUACCGAUUGGCGGAGGUGAAAGCCCCGCUCAGCAUCCCGACCCCUCCGCCUCAUGAGGAAACUGCGAGAACGGCCAGAUAUAUAGCGCACUACAGCGACUGGGGUUUCCUAGCAACCAUCUCCACGCAAGAUAAGAUCAAAGGACUUCCAUUUGGAAACAUCUUCUCCAUCAGUGACGGUCCACUGGACAAUAGCACUGGAACGCCAUAUUUUUAUGUCACACCUAUGGACAACACUGUGAGGGAUCUUCGCAGCUUCCCUUUUACCUCCUUAACAUUUUCUGAAGCAGAAGGAGAUUUCUGCAGGAAGCAAGUUUAUGACCCUGAGGAUCCAAGGUGUGCUAGACUCACUUUGACUGGUAAAAUGGUUGAGGUUGGGCCAGAAGAGCUCGAAUUUGCCAAAGAAGCAAUGUUUUCCAGGCAUCCUGUUAUGAAGAAGUGGCCUCCAGAACAUAAGUGGUUUUUCAUGAAGCUGGUUCUAGAGCAAGUUUGGCUUCAGGACUGGGUUGGUGGAGUCUCUCUUGUUCCACUUGAAGAGUAUUUCAAAGCAACACCUUUCUAAGAAAAAAAUAAAACGUAUUAUAUCUUGAAAAUAGUACAAGAAUAUUCAAACUGAAUAAAGAGAGAAUGUGGUAAUAUUUAUUCCUAAACUGUUACUGACAUUACAUAGUUGUUUGAAACUUUGAUUUAAACCGAAGGCCUGACAUUUCAUACGUAGGUAAUAUGUUUAUGUUUUGUACAGCCAUGAAAACUACUCCAGUUUUGCCUUUAAUCAUUAUUUCUACAUGUAUUGUGACCAUUUCAGUCCAGUGUCUGUUGAAUUCCAACAAAUGCAAAUCUCAGGAGUUACAAUAAAGUCACGCAGCAGCAAUGUGAAAGACAGAGAGAGCAUGCCAACACGUGAAAGAUGUGAUUACAAAUCAGGGUUAUUCUAUCAAAUAUUCAUUUUUGAAUUGUUCCUAAAAUAAAUGUAAAAUCAUUAGCAUGUUAGCAUAUAAACAUGUUUUCUUUGCAAUAUUCAAGAUUUAAAAACAUUGCAUAUUUUUGAUAGUUUGUCUGGUUUCCGUUUUCUGCAAAUAAAUGUAAAUAUAAACAUAAUUUGUAUUAAGAAUUUGGCAGAAAUGUAAAACAAAAAUUAUCAUUUUACUUAAACACUAUGGGGCGGUUUCCCGGACAGGGAUUAGUUUAAUCCAGGACUAGGCCUUAGUUUAAUUAGAAAAUAUAACUAGUUUUAACAAACAUGCCUUACUAAAAACAUUGCUCGUGUGCAUUUUGAGGCAAAACAAAGGGCACUGAUGUAUUUUAAGAUAUGUAAGUUCAAGUCGUUUUCAGUUUGGACACCUCUUAAAAAUGUUUUAGUCUAGGACUAGUCUAAUCCCUGUCCGGGAAACCGCCCCUAUGGGUUAUACUAGGAAUUUUUUAUAAACUUACCUUACAAAAAGCAUUAGAGGUAUGCAUCUUCAGGCAAAACAAUGUCAUGUUUUAAGAUAUGUCAGCGCAAGUUGUUUUCAGUUAAGACUGCCUGCAUAUUAGUCUGGGACUAUGCUUAAGUCCUGUCUGGGGAAACAGCCCCUGUAAAUAGUAGAUUUAGAUAAACUGAAAAUAAUCUUAAUGUGGUCUCUUAUUUUUUUCAGUGGCUGAAUUUGUGCAUUUACACUUAUCAUUUUGCAGGGGUUUUCAAACUUUAUGAUGCCAAGGUCCAGGACACCCAAAUAUGAUGAAACUUUUGUUAGGACCCCCAGCUAUAUAUCAAUUUAUAUAUUUUUGUGUAUAGUGAAUAUAAUUGCUACAUUUAGAGUAAUGUUGAAAGUAUAAAAUUGAAAAGAAACAAAUUGAAUUUAUUUCUACUGCAGCAACUUUGACAAUAAAUCAUAUUUUAUAGCUGCUUUACGAAUACUGCUUUACAAACCACAGACUGAGAUUAUCUAAUAAGGAAAACACACUAGAAACAUUCAAUACAAAUUUAAAUGAAUUUUGGAAUUUAUUAGUAAGAAAUUAGAGAUUAAUACAUUAAAAAAAAAAUUCGGGAGACCCCCCAGAACCUCAUGGAGGCCCCUGGACCUCGGUUUGAAAACCCCUGAUCCAAAGUUGUACUUUAAGCGAAGUUUGAGCUAUGUAAUUAUUUCUGGAGGACAGUAACUAACCUUGUAUAAUAGCUGUCUAACAUUAUAGUCAUUAAUCAUCGCAAUGAAAUUUUAAAUAACAGUUUGUGCCUUGUAUUCCCUAUUCACACUAAUAAUAAAUAUGCUGCAAAAAUAAAGUAUUAUGAUUAUGUAUUAUAUUGA